AUGUGGCGUCGGCUCACAGCCUUCGCUUCGGUCCUUGUUGUGGCCUUCUGUCUGCUACACCCACCUGACACAAGUCCAUCCCAAUCGAUAUUCGACUUCAUAGAGGCAAUCAGGAAAGUAAGUCGUAUAAAAGUUAAUAGAUUAUUGAGACUUUAUAAAUCCAGCAUUUUUAGGAAAAAGCGGCAGUCUUAUCAGGAUUAUUUGGACAAUCUUGGUCGCGCUGACUACGAUGUUCGAAUAGAGGAAGGAUGGCAAAAUAUCCUCUACCCAUUUGGUGCAUGGGCAAUGGACGAACAGCUAAUGGGCCAAGCUGGACGAGAAACCCAAACGAAUCUCGGUUUUGAUUGUCCGUUCUUUGGUUUCAGAUUCAAUUACACUUUUGUUUAUCCCAUGGGUAUGAUUUCAUUUGCGAUGCCUUCGUUCACCACACCGCCAUGGACAUUUCCAAACCCAGCGUGGCCGAAGCAACGAGAUCACUCCUUCAUCGCUCCGUUCUAUGCUGAUGCGAUGUACCAAUGGAUCGGGAACACAAAAAUCAGCAACACUUUCUAUAGGAGUGUUCAUCGUCCCAGGCUAGACGAUGACGAAGUUUACAAUAGCAACAACCCAAACAGCUACGGUACCAACCAGAACAACCCACAGCAACAAUACAACCAGCCGGUGCAGUACGGUCAGACGUUGAACACGAAUCCACUCUAUGGCCAGCAGUUCGGGCAGAAUGUCUAUCAACCACAGCAACCGUACAGGAAAAAACGGCAGAUGCCUGGGCGUAUCAGCCAGCCUGGAAUGGUUGUUGAUCCGUUGCUGUUGGAUAACAUCACCCAAACCAUUCAGGAGGGAUACACAGGUGCCAAUGGUUGGCGUGCAGAACAUGCUUUCAUCGUUACAUGGUAUCGGAUGGCCUAUGGAGGAGCCCCGAGAGCACUUGAUGUGUCACAGUUUGAGCACGUGAAAGACUGGCAGAAUACCUUCCAAUUGGUCAUCGCCACCGAUGAAAUAAGGACAUUUGCCAUCUUCAACUAUGCUCGGCUCAACUGGACAACUAGUAAUGAAGCCGGAGGUCUGAACGGUUUCGGAGGAAAGCAAGCUGCUGUGGCCGGAUUUAAUGGCGGGAACGGUACUGGCUGGUACCAACUACCGUACUCUGGACACGGACGUAUAUGGAAACUUGGCUACUUUUCCAAUGUCCUCACACCUGGCCGAUGGAUUCACCGUAUCGAUGAAGUGAUCAUACCAGCAGGAUGCACAAACGCAUCAACCGGAGGUAUGAUCACAGCACCUCCAUGGGGCCCUAUGCAAGGCGGUAUGGCUAUAAAUGUUUCGGGACCAUGUCUGAGGCCUAAUGAUAACAUCAAGGUCAACUUCGAAAAUUGGCAAGUGGACUGUAAACGUCUGAACCGAGUCAGAGCACGCUGUAUCAUGCCAAUGUUUCAUAAAACUGGUCUUGUCUCAGUUCGAAUGAGCCGUGAUGGUGGUCAAAGCUUCCCGUUCUUUGGAAAGUUCUACGUAGUUGUACCUGAUCGAGCACCUGCUCAAAUAUCGCUGAAGGAUGAUGUCGACGAUGUUAAUAAUCGAUGGUCUGUGUAUCAGCCGUAUGCCGAAACGCUUACGAUGUCUUGGCAAGCGUUGAAUUUAACAUAUAACUUUGGUGCACGAGUGGAUAUCAGUCUUUUCGGCUACUGGGAAGACGCAGAUCGGUCUCAUUUUGUCCAAGUGGACUAUCUAGCAAAAGGUGUUACCAAUUCCGGAUCGUACACAUUCAAGCCAGCCUCUCUUCAAAGGCAACCGCUGGUCAAGAAUGCUUGGCAAAAGUUCACAUUCGGAUUUGUGCGAGUAUCAUUGUCGGAUAGCGAAGAUGGGGUUUUAUGGAGCAAGCCGACGCCAUUCCCUUGGUACUACCUACCGGAUUGGAAGCAGCAUUAUGGCUUGAACUGGGCUUUGGACAUGUGUAUUGAGUGGUUCGAAUACGAUGGCAAGCGUAGAAACUUCCAGAUGGAUCUCACGCAGGAUACUCCUUGCCCAUGUAAAAUGUCUCAGGCUCUGCUUGAUCUUGGCAGAUACAUGCCAAUUAUGGAUUGCGAUAAAGACGGCGAUACAUCAUGUCCAGUCAACAAGGGGGCACAGCAUUGCAUCCAAGGAGUUCAGCCAAGUUCUGCUGGCUCAUCUCAACAGUGUUGCUAUGAUUAUGACGGUUAUCUCAUGUUUACUGAUGAUUGGGAACCAGAUGGUGACUAUAACAGAUUCUAUCAACCAGGAACACCGGCUCGCGCUCACAAGUUUGGUGCCUCACCAUUCCGACAGCCACCUUUCAUUCCAACCAUGUCAAACUACCAGCUAGAUCUUAUGCCGUACCGAACAUGCUGCACGUACGCUCAACAUUGUGAAUUCUAUUAUUGGCGUCGUAUGACGAACGGAUGUCAAGGUUACAAGGCACCAGCUGCAGGAUAUAUGUAUGGCGAACCACACGUAGUCACAUUCGAUGGUGCGAAAUAUACUUUCCCAGGAAAAGGUUAUUUCGUUUUGGUGAUGAGCGACGAUCCGACUCAUAAACUGAUGGUUCAAGUGCGAUUGGAGCAGCCGGACGACACGUUAUGGCACUCCCACGUGAAUGCGACUGUAAUCACCGGUAUUGCAGUUCAGGAAAAUGACAGCUCUAUAGUGCAGGUAGAGCACCAGUUCAAUAGUACACCGUCACACUAUCUGUACUGUUUAAGUACCAACAGUUCCGAAGUAUGUUCACAUGUGUCCAAGUAUGUUGAUCUCCGCAAUCCACUACAGAAUAUGAAUCAGUCUGAGAUAAUCAUAAUGCUGAAAUCUGGUAUCGGUAUUCAAGUACACGAAAGUUAUGGUAUGCUCGAUGUUUUGGUGUCACUUCCGCCAAGUUAUAAUACCACUUGCAAGCCAGGUGUCACGGCCUCUUCUUCGUUGAAUGCGGUGGACGGAACAGCCCGUUGUUAUACGACUUUAGGAUUACUAGGUACUUAUAAUAACGAUAUAAACGACGAUUUGACGUCAUCGACUGGUCAGGUUACUCGGUCGAGUGGAGACACAUUCACGGCUAGUACAACGCAAAUGAUCUAUGACCAGUUCGGAUCCACAUGGAGGGUGGACGGGAAAAACGACAAGAUUGGAGCGGUAUUAUUCAGCGAGCAAUUCAAACCAAUAUACAAUCCAUUACUAUUCGCUUCUACGGAUUACACGCCGGUGUUUUGGCCCCAAUAUCUGGACAUGAACGCUUCACGAGUCUUCACGAUGGAGCAGGUGACAAGUACCUGUCAAGGUGUACCACAAUGUGAGUACGACUACACAAUGACGGGGCGAAGAGAGGUAGGGCUCACUACGCUGCGAAAACAAAAGAACUUCUUUGCCAUGCAAAAAAGUGGUUCCAAACAGCUGAUAUCGUGCGGACCACUGCUCAAGAAGGAAGGUGUCGUUAAAACUCCUGCGAACGGGAAUUACCUCGACGGUGAUUCUGUGACCUUCUCAUGCAAACCAAAAUAUUACAUUCAUGGUGAUAUUGAGAGAACAUGCCGUAAUGGUACGUGGUCACCAGGAUGGUGGGCAUGGUGUCGAGAUCGCAAUCUUGAGUACGCCCUCAAAUGGAUGACUGCGCUACUGUCAAUUUUCGGCAUUGUCAUGGUGUUCGUAAUCUUCUUCUGUAUUCUGUGGAAUAUUCGGAGGAGAAAACAAAUGGAACAUACUCAGCGAAUCUUGGAAAAGGUGAGUUGCGCACACGUAGGGUGGACGCGGUUGCGAAGCGUAGAGACCAGAAUAAUCAGCAAUAUUCGACCGUUUUGGAGCCAACCGAAAUUCGUGGACGUGGAUUUGUGGGUGCUCCGUCAGUCGAACGACGCCAGUAUACCACUACUAUGCAGCCUACUGAGAUCCGCCGCGAGAUUGUUGGGGUUCCGUUUGUGGAGCAGCGUCAAUACACUAUGCAACCUACUCAAAUUCGUGAAGUAG